AUGCAUUCGGUCCAGGCAGGGAUGUGGGACCCCCGGCCCCCGUCUAAACAUGCCUCACCCCUCCCCCCGCGGCCCCCCUCCAACUUACGCCCCGCCCAUGUGACCACAGCCAUCCCGGCCAAGCGGAUCACAUUCUACAAAAGCGGCGACAGCCAGUUUGGGGGCGUCAGGAUGGCCAUCCACAAGCGCAGCUUCAAAUGCUUUGACGCCCUGCUGGAUGACCUUUCCCAAAAGGUGCCUCUGCCAUUUGGCGUGCGGACUGUGACCACUCCUCGUGGCACCCAUGCCAUCAAACACCUGGAGCAGCUCCAGGAUGGCGGCUGCUACGUCUGCUCUGACCGGCGCCAUGCAAAGCCAGUCAACAUGGAGCUGGCCAGCAAACGCCCGAGCAUCUGGUACCAUCACAGCCGGAGGCCUCAGCGGCCCGAAUCCUCAUCCGCAACACCACCAGGCCAUUUCUCUUACAGGCAGCGGCGGAUACUGCUGGUUAAAAACAGCGAGCCAGGGAUGAGGAGGAGUGUGGUGCUGAGCAGGAGGUCAACCAGGAGUCUGAGGGCCUUUCUUGAUGAGGUGUCUGAGGUGAUGCAAUUUCACGUUCGCAAGCUCUACACUGCAGAGGGACGCAGGAUUGACAGUGUGCAAAGCCUGAUGACUUGUCCUGGCGUGUUGGUGUGUGUUGGCCGGGAAGCCUUCAGCCCAAUGCUAGUAAACUUUAUUAGGAAGAGUUCAGAAGAAAAACUGCCUGGUCUCGGCCCCAGGACUCCUGGUAACGGGGCCCGAUCUCCUGCUACUCAAGGAGCAAGAUCCCCACCUCACGGAGCUCAGUCCAGAGCCAGCCAGUACAGCGAAGGGCAUGAAAGCAAGAAAAAUGUUAACUUUGGUCUGGAAACCAAAAAAAGCAUCAUCCACCCUCGUUCAGAUUCCUCAAACCGCUCCACCCGUUUCUCCUUGUCUUCAGAGAAGUCAUACGGCAAUGGUGUAAGCUCUUACUCUCAGAACAGACCGGCUAUUAUGAACGACGACAUUGAAAAGCGAGUCCUGGUCAAUAAAGAUGGCAGCCUCUCAGUGGAGAUGAGGGUGCGUUUUCGCCUACACAAUGACGAAACCCUCCAGUGGUCAACACAAGUUAAAAAAUCUCCAUCUCUCACCAAUGAAUGUUGCCCUCUGAGCCAUGCCCAGCCCCAUUAUCUGCAGCAGGGCCAAUCAGAGAGCUGCUCUGACCCUGACUCCACAUCCUUUGACCCAGAGGGUGUGGAUUAUUCCAACCAAUCUCUGCAGCGUGUGUUGGAGGGGAACCACUGCCCCUGCUGCUACCAGAGACCAGAGCAGCAGUACGACUUGUGGGAAAACCCGGCACACAGUGUCAGAAAGCCUCCCAUCCCUCCUCCACAUACAUCCAGCCACACCCACGCUAUGGUUAGGCAUACACACUCUUCUAGCUCUUCCUCAUCAUGUAAUUCCAGGAGGGUGGUGCGCUGUCGAGCACGAGUCUCCAACUGCGGAGGAAAUUCAGAGCAGGGCCAACUGGUCCAGGAGGAGAUGUUUGUGUCAGAGCAGGUUGAGCGCAGAGUAGAGGUGGAGCAGGAUGGAGACACACAUGUAGAGGUGUGCACGGUGAACCGAUGCUGCAGCCGCAGUGAAGUGGUUGCCAUGGAGAGCAACUUACGACCACUUGGCAGGAAGUCGGUAGAGGAUGAGCUAAAGCUGGAGGAAGACGGUGAACGUCCACUGUCUGCAAUCAGCAGCUCCUCACAUAUCCUGCAAUCGCUGAAAGAGGAUCAGGAUGAUGACCUGCCACCCAGCGCCUCACGCUGCUGUCAUAGCAACGAACCAUCCCCAUCCCCAACUUCACAGAGUCACCUGAGUGACAAACCAACAAGCAAUGUCUUGGCCGGUUCCGUUCACGCUACUGAGGAGCAUGAGGAGGAAGAAGAAAGAGGAAGCAGAGCAGUAUCUGCAGCCUCCUCCUGUCACUGUGGAGCAGCUACCCCACAUUCAAAAGCAGAAGCAGAGGAGACAGAUCGAGCUCCCAGCUCCAGGUCCAAAAUGAGCAGAGCGUCUUGCAGGUCCAACAACGCUAAGACCCCAAACUCAGAGGAGGAGGGGGCUGCAGAUGACGAGGAUGAAGAGAUAAAGAGGGUUGUUAGUGGUUUGUCUGGUCACACAGGGCUUUCUCUGCAGUCAAGGGCAUCUAGUGUAUGUCCUCAUUGUGGCGGCUGCAGACGUGCGGUCAACUCUGAUGCCAAUAGCAGAGCAUCACAGAGGUCCCAUGAUUCUCAUCAAGCCUCUCCAAAGCCCGCCACACCUCUCUCCAGUCAAGAGAUUGCCAAUAACGACAGUGAGGAGAAUGACUCUGAAGAUUCAGCUGUGUCAACACAAUCCAACAAGACCAACCUCACCAACUACGGGCGCUGCUCUGUGAUAUCAAACGUACUGGAGGGCAGAGCAUCUAGUGUCAUGUCCAGAGCAUCCAAUCCUGAAACAGAACAAAAAGAGGAAGAAAGGGCUCCUAGUGCAACUUCAGUCACAAGCCACAGGUCCGUUAGAUCACACAAGUCUGGCUGUAAUGGCAGCACUUGUGUUGCAGCAGAAAAAGAGGAGGAGAGAAGCUCCAGUGCCAUGUCAGCUCAGUCCAAUGUGUCUGCCAAGUCCAGUAAGUCUCACAAGUCCAACUGCUGCUGCACAGCUGACAUAAAGACAAGAGAGGAAGCAGAGGGAGAGAACUCUGUAGUGAGAGCACAUAGCUCAUUGUCAGCCAAAUCUGGUGCUUCAGCUAAGACCAGUGCUUCAGUCAAAAUAAGAACUAAGGUUGCCUCCCCAACUGAUGAUACAGCUGUGGAAGAGGAAGACACAAACAAAAGAACUCCCAGUUCCCUUUCUGUCAAGUCUGGCAAGACAGAAAGACCUGAUAGCGCCCAGUCUGCUAAAUCAGCCAAAUCAGCCAAAUCAGAUGUGUCAGCAAAGUCCGCCACAUCUCACAGGUCCACUUGCAGUCAUUGUGCAAGAGCAGUAUCUCCAGCUGAUGAACCUGCAAUCGAAGCAACAGGACAGGAAGAAGGAGUGGAGGAAGAGGAAAGACCAGCCAGUGCCAUGUCAGCCAGGUCCAAUCUCUCUGCCAAGUCAAAUAAAUCCCAUAAGUCCACCAAAGCUUCGGAAAGGUCACUUUCUCCCAGGUCAGGAACUGGAGGAGAUGGAAAAGAAAGGGCAGCGAGUCAAGUGUCUGGCAGAUCAGUCAAGUCAAACAUGUCUGUAAAGUCUUCAAAGUCAUGCAAGUCUAACAACAGUGGCAAUGAAAUUGCAGCAUCUCCAAGCUCCGAGGAAAAAGAAAAUGAGAAGGCAGAGGAGGAACUGCAGAGGCCAGAAAGUGUAAUAUCUGCUAAAUCAGCCACCUCCGCAAAGUCUCAAAGUUCAAGAGUGGCUUCUCCAGCCAAAGACACAGCAAAGACAGAGGUGGACACAGAGGACAGAACCCCCAGCGCCAUGUCAGGGAAAUCACACACCUCUGCAAAGUCCUCCAAGUCCCAGAAGUCAAACCACACUGCAGCAUCUCCAAAUCCAAAUGAAGGUGAUAUUCCUUCUAUUGAGACAAAUGGAGAAGAGAAGCAAGAUGAAAAUCAAGAGCGGGUGUCUAGUGCCAUGUCUGUAAAGUCAAAAUCUUCAGUGAGGUCUGGUACUUCUCACAAGUCUAGUAGAAGUCUCAAACCGGUGUCACCAAGUCCAAAUGUUGUCACCAUUAAAACACCAGAAGGGGUCAACGAGGAAGAAAAUAACAUAGCAGAGAGAGUGCCGAGCGUUGCAUCGGCUAAAUCAGGGAAAUCUAAUGUUUCGACCAUAUCGCAUAAGUCCAAUCAUAAUGGAACAGCUGAUAUUGCUGUUAUUGAAACAGCAGAUGAAAAUGUUGUGGAAGACAAUGCACCAAGGAGUAAAUCUCAUGGCCAAACACUCUCACCCAGGAGGACAUGUUCCCCACGGACCCACUCACCCAAAUCUGCAACCUCCAGCAGCCCUCAAUCCCCUGUGCAACAGCUGUUGCCUGCAGAGACAAGAGGGCCCAGUGCCUUGUCAGUUCACUCUAAAACCUCUGCAAAAUCUGGAAAAUCCAAACGUCGCUGUGGAGCAGCAUCGGCACUUGAAAAGGCAAAUAAGGAAAAGGAGGGGGAGAAAAAGGAAGAUGAGGAGCUGAAGAGUGAGGUGGCCUCUGAGCGGGCUGCCAGCAUCCUGUCGUCCUCAACCAAAAGGCAGAGGAGAGAAUCAGGGGGCACAGAGCAACCUCUGAGUCGAAACUCAUCAGGGUCAGUCUCUCUUGGGUUGCCAGAAGACCAAGAAACAGCGGACUCAGACAGCGGCAAGUCCAAUUUUUCUUUUCACACAAACAAUGAGAGAAAUGGAGAGAAGAAGAGAGCAACAGAGCAGUCCACCAUGAAGGAAGAAAGGGAGGAAACGGUAUCUAUCAUGUCCCACAAGUCCAACAAUAAAAGCACUUUGUCUAACAAUCGUCCAGCAGUUGAGAUCCCUAUUAUUGAAACACCAGGAGGAAAUGAUGAUAAAGAAAAUGGAGAGCAAAAAUCAGAAAGAGGAUCCACUGCAUUUUCAGCCAAAAGCAGCAGGUCUCACAAGUCCUGCUGUAAGUGUGGUGUCAAAGCAGCAGCUCAAAUGCUUGACAGUAAGCCUCCAAGUGCCAACCCAGCUAGGGCAGAAAAUGACCCUGAAACAGGAAGUGUGAAGUCUGCUUCAACAACAAAAGCUAGCAAUAUGGAUGUUCCAGACAACAGGGCGUCCUCUGCAAUGUCAGCAGCAAGUGCUAAAGUUCGGAGCAAAUCCCCUGAAAGUGCCAGCACUAAAAAUGCUGCUGGAGAUUCAGGAGAUAAUGACACUGAAAAUCAGGCUGUCAGUAGUGCAGCCAGUAAGGUAGAAGGGAAAGAAGAUAUUGCAUACAACAAGGUAACCAGUGUCCACUCCAAGAGUCCUUGUUGCCUCAAGCCUGAGUCGGCAGCUUCGACUCACUCAGGCUCAAAAAUAAAAGCCUCAAAAGGUGAGGAUUCAGUCAAAGAUCACAAGGCCAAAUCCAGUGGCAGUGUCAAAACAUCUCAUUCUCAAAAGAAAAACGUCAAAUCCUCAAGCCCCUGUCCUUUACACAACUCCAGACCAGGCAGCAAAGUGGAGUCGUGCAGUGAGAGCACUCUGUCUCACUCUCUGUCCGCUGCUGACAUGCUGAAGGAAAUCAUGGCUGCUGCUCGGCCACACAGCCGACAUUCGAAGGCCAGUAAAACCAGUGAGAAGUCUGCAAGUAAAAAGUGUCAGAGGAGCAAGAACCAGAUGGAUCGGGAGGAACUGGAGCUGUCACCUGGCUGUCUGCCCAAUGCUUCCCCCAACGAGAUUGUCAGCGACUGGCUGCGGAGCAUUCCCCCUAACAGCAGCAUGCUCACACUUGGUGAUGAACUGAAUGAGGAGGAGGAGCAAGAGAAGGUGGUGGAAGAGAAACCUGGAGAGGAGGCAGCAAAGGACGAGGAGAGUCCAGAGGAUGAGAAAGUAAGUGAGGAGGAGAAAGUUGAGGCUGAAGAGGAGGAGAAAAAGGAAGAAGCUGAAUGUGAUGCAGGAGAGGUGGAGAAGAGUGGAGAUCUGGCUCUAGGUGACACAGCGGGGACUCGCUCCAACAACCUGCUGGUGAGCGGUGACUCUCUGCCCAGGAGCUUGAAUUGUUCAGCCGCAGUGAUGAAAGUUCUUCUGAGCUCCUCUCUGGGUCGAUGUCAGAGUAUGCCUGAGGUGUCUCCAGUUUAUGGUCGUAGACUGAGCAACUCAGCCUGGGGACUCUUGGACUGUUUAGCCCAGCUCCAGCUCAUUGAGCCUACAGUAAGUCCUGGCUGUGACCAACAGAAGGACCGCAACCAGCAGUAUGAGGACAUCAUGGCCAUCCUUCAGUCCCUCUGGCUCACUGAACCCAGGAACACUGAGGCCAAGGAGGACAAGGACGUCGGCAAAGAGCAGGUGACUCCACCGAGGUCCUCAUCCGGGGUGGGGAUGAGCAGUGGCUCUGGAGGAUCAGGGAAGGAGAAUGGAAAUCAAGGUGGAGAUGAAGCAAAGCAAAACAAAACAACCUCUGUACAUGAGGAUGAGGGAGCGGAGAAAGUUGGAGAAGAGGAGGAGAAGGAGGGAGAUGCAGAAGCAGAACUCAAGGAAACUGAGGUAGAAGCAGAGGAGACAAGCACAGCAGAGGAACCGGUACAGAGUGAAGAUCAAAGUAUGGUCCCUCCAAGUCUGGACAGUCCAAAAGCCACCGAGAAUCCCUCAUCAUCAGAAAAGAGCUCUGUUAAUGACAGCUCCAAAUCCCCCACUGAUAACGAAGGAGAGACAGUGGAGGACUCCAGCUCAGCCACGCCCCCGACUGUCCUGCGAGCACCCUUGUCAAAAAGACAAUCCCAAGACCCUGAUCCAGUGUGGGUCCUGCACCUUCUGAAGAAGCUGGAGAAACAGUUCAUGAACCACUACAUAACUGCCAUGGCGGAGUUCAAAGUUCGCUGGGACCUUGACGACAGCCUCAUCCUGGAUACGAUGAUCGGCGAGCUGAGGGACGAGGUGAGCCGACGCAUCCAGAGCAGCAUCGAGCGUGAGGUCAGGAAGAUCCAGGGUCGUGCCGGCAGAGGAGAGAGGACACCCCGGCCGCCGCAAAGAGGAAACCUCUCUAGGGACUCCACCAUGACAGAGAGGAGGCGUCGAAUAUUGAAGGUCAUGAAGAACCAGUCAGUAAAAACUGGUGAGGACCUAAGUGAUGGAGAGCUGACGGGUGAGUUCAGCGACCAGCGAAGCGAUGACGAGUACUGUCCCUGUGAUGCUUGUGUUCGCAAGAAAAUGGCCGCCCGGCCUCUCAACGCCAACCCGCUGGCAGCGGCAGCACCAGUGAUGAUGGAGUUUGACCUCCUUAAGAUACUGCAGCUGAAGAAAAGCCCAUCGCCUACAGCUAUGCCACUAGCUGCAGGGGUGGAAGAUGUUAGUGAGGCCACAGUAGAGGAGUCAAGAAAUUUAGAGGUUUUGCAGGAGGAGGAGGAGGAGGACGAAACUAAAGAGGAUAUCAAAGCUGAUGUUUUAGAGGAGACUAUGCCAGAGGAAGAGGAAGAGGAGGAAACUAAAGAGGAUAUCAAAGCUGAAGUUGUUUUAGAGGAGACAAUACCAGAAGAAGAGGAAGAGGAGGAAACUAAAGAGGAUAUCAAAGCUGAAGUUGUUUUAGAGGAGACAAAUGGAGAGGAGGAGGAAGUGGAGGGAGAAUGUCAAUGCCACUGUGCCGGCAAUGAAGGGGAGAGCGACAAAGCAGAUGAGGGAGAGGAGGAAACAGCAGAAGGAGAGGAUGCUGAGGAAACAUGUGACAACACAGGAACCGGGGAAGAGGAGGAGGAGGAGGAGGGUGACAAGGAGACAGUAAAAGAGGCAACAGCAGGUGAAGGAGAGACCACUGAAAAUGGCGAGGGUGAGGAGGAGGAGGAGGCAGAGGCAGAAGAGUGCGAGGUGUCUGAAUUUAAGGAAGAAGAAACAACAGGCAAGGAAAGCGGAGAAGAAGAAGAAGAAGAAGAGGCAUCUGGGGAAACGGAGAAUGACAGCCCUGCACAAAAUGAAGAAUCCACUCUGGUGGAGGACUUUGUGGAGGGAAACAUCAGCGCUUCGGCAGAGGCGGAAGAUGAAGAUGACGGGGAUGAUGCUGCUGAAGGGGAGUCACAUGAAGAUGAAAAGAAAGGAGAGAGUGAAGAGCAGGGAGGGGCGGCAUCAGAGGAGGAGAAAACCUCAUCACAGGGCCAGGGGGUGACUGUGACCGAGGGAGAAGAGGCCGAUGCCGAAGACUCCGACACCGACAGCAAACGUCCAAGCAACACCAGUGCGGAAGAAUCGGGACGCGAGGGGACUGCAGCCACAGGAGAAGAGGAGGAGAAAGAGGGCGGAGGAGAGGAAGAUGCUGUUGAAGAGUUCAAGCCUGAGGAAGAGGAGGAGGUGAACAAACAGGAGGAUGGCGCUCUCCUCCAUCAGAUCACCAGGACCUCUGUGGAGUCCCAGCCCGGUUCCAUGGAGGACAUUGACACAGAUCCACCUCAUAACCCUGUGAACUCCAUAGAAGUGCCCAAAAUGGCUGCUGGUGGAUCCACCGGUGGUGGUACGGGCCAGAGGAGGAGCCGCUCGCCGGGCAGGGUCAAACGCCGCAAACCCAAAGAGAGCGACGUCGAACUGGAUGACUUUUAACUCACAUGGAAACCAGACUUAUGGUCACAGAAGACUCCCAGUUAUGUAGGGUAAAAACUGCAACCAAAAACAAAGACUCAAACACUUGAAGCACUUUAUCACCCCAGAUCCGGUGUAGAAUCUUGAAACUUGAAGCCACCACCAUAUCCUAUUUAAUUAUGUGAAUUAUAUUUGUAUAUUUUUUAAGUUAACUGUAUGUACAAAGGGAUAUGUCUAUUUCUGUAUUGUAUGUGUAUGAAUAAGGUAUAUUUUUGAAAAAUUUUGACACCCAUGGGUGUGUUAUAUAACGUCGGUUUUGUGUUCAGUGGACCACAGGUUUAAUAAUGUAUUGAAUCAUAUAGCCAUUAAUUAAGAGAGUCCAUUUCUGCCAGUGAUGAAGAAAAGAUCCGGUUAAGUCAUUACAAAAACGAAUUUAUAUCCUUAUUAUCCUUUUUCAGAACAUUUCUUAUUAUUUUAAGAUACUUACUCAUUAUUUUGGUUACGUUCCUCAGUGUUUUCGAGAUACAGAGUCAUUAUUUUAAGGACGUUUCUCAUUAUUUUGAGACACUAACUCGUCAUUUUGAGGAAGUUUCUUAUUAAAAUGGAUUACCAGAAUUUUAUUCCAUCACUCUGGCAGAAACGGGCAUCCAUGGCUAAUAUACCAAGUACCUCGACAUGUUAGACAUUAAAUGCCUGUUUCAGUCGUAUGUAUUUUUGACUUGUCCCAUUACAUCUGUAUACUCAGGGGUGUGGAAGGUCAUCGCCUAGCUAUUACUUAACUACCUGCUUUAAUCUAUAGUCUGUAAAGAAGCCUGCUGUUUAAACCUACUAAAGCUCUGUGGUGUAAUCUGAUUACCUUGGAGGAAUUGUUUCAUAUUUUGGGAUUGAUUCACUUUCUUGCAGAGAGUGAGAUGAGAGGAUCAAUACUACUCUCAUGUCUGUAUUCUAAAUAUCAAGCUGCUGAGCACAGAAGCAGGGGGAACAGUUCGCUUGGCUCUGUCACUGUUAUACGAUACUUUUAAGUGACAUUUGGAUUACUUUCCACUCAGAAACAGACAGAAAAGACUGUAUUUUAAUAGCUUUAUUGUAAAAUGUUUGAGUUUUCUCUUGAUGUCUAAACUUGAGCAACUGUACCUCAUUUUAUGUAGUCCAAUUGAUGUUGUCAUUUACUCUACAUGCAUUUCUUUCCGCAGGAUCUCAGUCACAAACUUCCACGACGAAGCAUAUCCGAGGCAAACAUCUGAAUAUCAGGUUGACGUAAACCUUAGCUGCUUAAAUUUCAGUGAUACAUGCUGUAGACUCAGGUGGGGUUUGCCUAACCAGCCGUGUGGUACAACAAGCGUGAAGCGUGUUACUGAUGCCUUACUGUAUCCAUGGUUAUAAGAAGGUAGAUUGACAGAAACAGAUGGGAGAUCACGGUUAGGUGGCUGUCUUUUGUUUCCUGACAUCCUCUCUGUCUGUUAGUGGCUCUCCAGUUGAAUCAGGGAGCCUGUUAAGGAGGCUGGAAUGAAUCAGCUGCUAUUUAAAAUGCUGGAAAACAGACUCUUUAAGACCCCUAAGGAGUGUUUCCUCUUGUUUAACCCAAGCUGAGUGAGCUGAGCUUACUCCCUAACUGUAUUUUAGAGCAGGACAGUGUGAACGAGGGAAAACGUGUUUCUUUUAUUGCUUAGUUUGACGAAAUCCUUCUGUUUGUGGUACCAAGAGGGUGUGUGUGUGUGCCUAUGCUGUUAUUGCUCUGUGUGGCUGUCCAUCACUCAGUGACAAGCAAAUAUCAUGUACCUAGAGCAAAUGAAUGUGUGAUUAUAAUGUUGAUAUAAAU